ACUUAGUUUCCACCUGCUGAAGAGAGAUCAGGCUUCACAGAGACGCCAUGUAGACACGCAGAGAGGCGUGCGUCAUCAUGUCCAUCACUGUGAAUCUGAAGAAGAUCUACAACCUGCCGGGACGAUCUGACAGGAAGGUGGAACUCAAAUUCAGAGGCUUCACCCAUAAAACCAGAAUCCUGCAGUGUGAGAAUGUGGCCAUCUUCAAUGAGCAUUUCCGUUGGCCUCACUACGGUAAAGUGAUCAGUGAUGAAGUUUUGUCCGUCAGUGUUUACAACAGCAGCAAAGUCUUCUCCAACAGACUACUCGGUCAGCUGAUCAUCAGUCUGCAGCAUGUUGUUACUUCUGGGAGGUUGUUGCUACGGGAACCGCUCACUGAUGCCAACUACAGCCUGACUGAUAUCUAUAUAGAGUUGGAUAUUCGCUAUCAUCCAUUGGAGGGAACAGCAGGACAAUGGGAGGGACUCGACUUCCUGAAGGUUGAAGACAAGGAUGAAUCAGCUCUGGUCAUCAGGAAUGAUGGAUUUGAUGAACCUGACAGUCGGCUGCCGGUCGCCCGCCCGGAUCAGCUGGACAGAGAGACUCGGCGCCUGGGGCGGAGUCUGGUCCGGACGGGGGACGAUGAUGAUGAUGAUGAUGAUGACUAUGAUGAAGACUUGAUGGACUUUGAGGUUUCUAGCAUAAUCUUCACUCCUAUUCUGAGUCGUUGUAGGCCGUUGACCAGAAGCGCUGCUGCAGCGAUGCCCACAAUCAAGAGCUUCCAGGUGAAUGUGAACAUCCUGGAGGCUCAGAAGCUGGUUGGAGUGAACAUCAACCCUGCAGUUUUCAUCAGAGUGGGAGGUCAGAAAAAAAACACAGCGACACAGAAAUCCACCAACUGCCCCUUCUACAACGAGAACUUCCAGUUUGAGUUUCAGGACUACCCCACAAUCUUCUUUGACAAAGCCAUAGAAAUAAAGGUGUUCCACAGACGGACUCUCGCCUUCCUGAUGACCCACAUUGGAACAUUUAAAAUUGACGUCUCCACCGUGUACAGUCAGCCAGACCAUCGCUUCUACCAGAAGUGGGCUCCACUGACCGACCCGGGAGACACGAAGUCAGGGAUCAAGGGUUACGUCAAGGCCUCCCUCAAUGUGCUGAUGAAGGGAGACACUCUGAGCAUGCCCACUCUGCGAUCAUCCUCCUCAUCUGCCAAUGAGGACAUUGAAAAGAACCUUCUGCUUCCUCGUGGUAUGCCUUCUGAGCGCCCAUGGGCUCGGUUCCGAGUCCGUGUCUACAGAGCCGAAGGUCUGCCCACCAUGGAGGCAGGGCUGAUGGCUAAGAUGACCGUCUCUGAUCGGGCUGUAUUCAUUGAUCCCUAUGUGCAGGUCACCUUUGCUGGACAGCAGGGGGAAACGUCAGUCGCUAGUGCCACCAGCAGUCCAGUUUGGAACGAGGAGAUCUCCUUCAUCGAGCAGUUUCCUCCUCUGGCUCGGCGGAUCAAAGUCCAGAUCCUCGAUGAUGCCAAGAUGGGAGACAUCGCCCUGGCAACACACUUUCUAGACCUGCAGCAGAUUUCUGACCCUACCAGGAAUGGGUUUAAUCCAACCUUUGGGCCAAGCUGGGUUAAUCUAUAUGGUUCUCCUCAGAACUCCACUCUUGGAGAUAUUCACCAGGCUUUGAACGAGGGUCUAGGUGAAGGGAUCUUCUACCGUGGCCGAAUCCUCCUUGCUCUCUCCAUGGAGGUUUACUAUUCCCCCUCCACCUUACCCAUAGAAACAGCGCCUGUUAGCGUAGUUAAGGUGAAAGGGGCACUAGGGAAACUGGGACUGAGGAAGAAGAAGAGCCGCAAGAAGGACAAGAUGGAAGCAUCUCAGGCUGCCAGUGGGUUGGCUGAAGAAUCAGGUGAGGUGCCAGUUGAGGUACCAGAGGCUGUUACAGUGGAAAUCGAGGAGAUCCAUCCUCUCCCUGAGGGUUUCCUGGGAGAGAAGGAAGAGUUUCUGCUGUUUGCGUCUCUGUUUGAAGUCACAAUGAUCGACCCAUCUGUAGGAACCAGACCGCUGAGCUUUGAACUCUCCAUUGGGAAUUAUGGGAAGGCGGUGGAGAUCGGGAGGCCUAAGAAGAGCCAGAGCAAGGAGGAGCUGAGAAGGAGCAGAGAAGAACUGAGGAGGAGCCAGGAGGAUCUGAAUGAGGAGUCGCAGGGUCUGCUGGAAUCAGAGGACGAGCUGGACAGAGAGGAACUGCAAAGUCCUGAACCUGAGAACAGAUCUGUGUCUGCUGCUAUGAGGCCCCAGCCCACUGAGUAUGACAGGUCUUUCCAGUGUCUUCAGCUCCAGCCUCCCUCAGUGAAACCAAAGCCUUGUCUGUUUGUCUGGAGUCAGUUUGAAGAUCACAGCUUUCGACUCUAUCAGGCAAACUGGCUCAGCAAGAUGGCCGACAGGCUGGAGAUUGGUCUGAAUGAGGUGGAAAUGCUCUUGAGGAGGCCGAGGAGUAAAGCGAAGGACCGUUUGGUCGAGGUGCUGCUGGAGCUGGUGGCCUCCUGCAAACAAUUCAGUGUUUUCUCAGACAGGAGAUCUCAGUCACGUCCCAACAAUUUGGACAAAUGCAGGAAAGAGUUUAUCAAGAAGAAUCUGAUCCUGGUGGCCAGACAUGCAGUGAGGGCCAGACGGAGGAUUACAAGACGGUCGGCCAAACAGCGGUUGAUGGAUAGCAGGAAAAUCCUCAAAAAGCUUCGUAUUCUCGCUGAAGAGCCCCAGAAUACAAUCCCCGAUGCUUUUCUCUGGUUACUGAGCGGAAAGAAGCGAUUGGCUUACGUCAGGAUUCCUACCUAUUCCAUCUUGUUCUCAUUGGUGGAGGAGCAGCGGGGGCGGGACUGCGGCCGAGUCACCACCCUCUACAUGAAGUCACCAGGAGGUUCAGCAAGUGAGGUCUUCGUGAAGCUGGAGGUCUACCUGUGGUUCGGCCCUGUCAAGUACAGUAAAGAGGCCCUCACCUCCCUGCCAGAGGAGUUCAAGCCGGUCUAUGAGGAUGAGGACGUGGAGGAGCAGAGGGUUGUCCCUGUGGGAGGGAGGAGGAAGCUUCCGUUCAGCCUGUCGUGCCAGGACAGCAGGUACUUCCAGCUACGAUGUCACCUGUACCAGGGGCGCGGCCUGAAGGCUGCAGAUGCUGACGGCCUCUCAGACCCUUUUGCCAAGGUGGUCUUCUCUACACAGUGCCAAGUUACCAGGAUGCUGUCAGACACUCUCUCUCCCGCCUGGUGUGAGUGUUUGGUGUUUGACAGGGUUUUGCUGGAGGGGUCAAGAGAGGAGCUGCAGCAAGACCCUCCCCUCAUCAUCAUCAACAUCUACGACUACGACGCAGUGGGCAGUCCAAAGCCUCUGGGUCGAGCUUUUGCGGAGCCAGAGUUUAAACCCGUGGAGCAGUACUACCAAAAGCCUCACCUCCGUUUCUACGACAUCAACAUGGGGAAGGCCCCAGCUGGAGAGCUGCUGGCCGCCUUUGAGCUCAUCGAGCUGGACUACUCUGUGUUUGGAGAGCCUUGUCUCCCCAACAGCGUGGAUCCCCAGGAAUUUAACUACGAGGAUGACCAGAACUAUUACGUCAUCCCUAAGGGAAUCCGACCUGUUCUGAAGCUUUUCAGGAUUGAGGUGUUGUUCUGGGGCUUGAGGGAGCUGAAGCGGGUGCAGCUGUUUGAGGUGAAGCGCCCCCUGGUGAAGAUUGAGUGUGCAGGACGGCAGCUGGAGUCUGAGGAGAUUGAGAGCUACCAGGCUCACCCAAACUUCAAAGAAGUGGUCCGCUACAUCGACGUGGAGCUGCCUGAGCAGAGCUACCUCCAUCCUCCCCUCACAGUGUUCGUGGUGGAGCGGAGGGCAUUUGGUCAGCUUGCUCUGGUCGGGUCCCAUGUGGUCCAGAGCCUCAUGGACUACGGCCCACGUCAGAAUGAAGUGGAUCCGGAGGAGGAAGAGGACGAGCCGAAAAGACUAGCGAAACAGAAAUCAGUGAAGAUCAACACACUGAUGUCAGUGAAGAGUAUGUCACUCAGCGGCCUGGCGAUCAAACAGUCGAGGAUUCCCAUCAUACCCAUCAAGCUGGUCACUUCGCCACUGAAGAAGCUGAUAAAGAAGGGAGAGGAGCUGGAAGAGGAGCUUCCAGAGAAGGAGGAGCUGGAUUGGUGGUCCAAAUACUACGCUUCACUGGAGGAGCUGGAGAAGCAGGCUGCUGAAAUUGAGGAGAUGGAGGAACAAGCAGAGACAGACGGGGCGAAUCUGACCAUGGCAAACAUCGAAGAAGAGGAGGAGGAAACUGUGGUGCAGGAGGUCGAUCCUCCAAAACGCAAGCCGAUCGCCACACUAAAGCUGUACGGAGGUGAUCUGGAGUCAGAGUUCAGUCAGUUUAACGACUGGCUGCAGGUCUUCCAUCUAUACAAAGGCAGAGCGAGCAACGACGACGACGAGGAUGACGAAGAGGAAAGGGUGAUGGGAAAAUACAAGGGAUCCUUCCUAGUUUUUCCGAUUGAUCCCAGAGAUGCAGAGGACACCACUUGUCAGAUCACCAAUGGAAUCCCCAAAAACACACCGAUCAAAGUCUUAGUCCGAGUCUACAUCGUCAAGGCCACCAGCUUGUCUCCCACAGACCCAAACGGUAAAGCCGACCCGUACAUCGUGGUGCAGGUGGGAGAGCAGCAUAUGGACUCCAAAGAUCGUUACAUCCCCAAACAACUCAACCCGACAUUCGGAGAGGUGUUUGAGCUCACAGUGUCUUUCCCGCUGGAAACGGAGCUGAUCAUCAAGAUCAUGGACCAUGAUCUUGUGGGAGCCGAUGACAUUAUCGGCGAGACACGUGUUGACCUGGAGAACCGGUUCUACAGCCGCCACCGAGCGUCCUGUGGUCUGGCUCUUUACUACGACACAGACGGUUACAAUGUGUGGCGUGACGCAAAGAAGCCGUCAGCCAUCUUAGCUGAGCUCUGUAGGAAGAACAACAUCCCUUCUCCAGAGUACAGAACGUCUGAGGUCAAAGUCCUCAACAAGAUCUUCAAGAUACCACCAGAUGCUGUACCUGAAGCUCUACUGAAGAAGAACCAGCGGUCUCCAGAGGAGGAGGCGGAGAUGGAGGAGCAUGCAGCCCUGAGCGUUUUGUGGCGCUGGGGUGAGAUGAGUGAGUUCCUCACUGGAGCCAUUCCUCUGGUGCCCGAGCACGUGGAGAUCAGGUCUCUGAUGAACCAGGACAAUCCUGGACUUCCCCAGGGCUACCUUCACAUGUGGGUGGACAUGUUUCCCACUGAUAUACCGGCCCCACCCCCUGUGGACAUAAAGCCCCGCCUACCCGAGCAGUACGAGCUGCGGGUGAUCAUCUGGAACACGGACGACGUGUUUCUGGACGAUGUCAACCCUUUCACAGGAGAACCGUCCUCGGACAUCUAUGUUAAAGGCUGGAUAAAAGGACUGGAAGCAGACAAACAGGAGACUGACGUCCACUUCAGUUCUCUGACUGGAGAAGGAAACUUCAACUGGAGGUUUAUUUUCCGCUUCGACUACCUUCCCACUGAGAAAGAGGUGGUGUAUAAGAAAAAGGAGUCCAUCUUCUCUCUGGAGGAGUCAGAGUUUCGUCAGCCGGCUGUUCUGACGCUCCAGGUGUGGGACUACGACCGCAUCGCUGCCAACGACUUCCUGGGCUCCAUGGAGUUUCGGCUCAACGACAUGGUGCGACCGUCCAAGACGUCCGGCAAGUGUACAAUCGAGAUGGCGAAGGACCGGGCCAGCCCUCGCUUCUCCAUCUUUCGCGCAAAAAAGAUGAGGGGCUGGUGGCCGCUGACCCGCCUGAAGACGGCCGAGGACUUUGAGAAGGAGGAGAAGGAGCGGGAGGAGGCCAAGAGGAAAGGACGCAAGAGCAAAAAGUCCAAGGACAAGAGGAGCAAGUUGAGACAGGAGGACAUCCAGUACACUGACAGCUUGGGCAACACCUUCCUGUUGAUGGGGAAGGUGGAGGCAGAACUUCAGCUGGUCACCUUAGAGCAGGCCGAGGCCAACCCUGUGGGGAAGGCCCGCAAGGAGCCGGAGCCCCUGGACAAACCAAACCGUCCCACCACCAGCUUUGGCUGGUUCGUCAACCCAUUGAAGACUUUCGUCUUCCUCAUCUGGAAGAAGUACAAGAAGUAUAUCAUCACCGUGUUCAUUCUCGUCAUCCUCGCGGUCUUCGUCGGCCUCCUCGUCUACACGCUGCCGCAGCAAAUCACCUCCCUCCUCCUCAGAGGAUGAAGAGAGCGGAGACGAGUCUUCACCGCUUCGUCGCCGGAUGUCCCUGAUUCUUCAUAUCUACUUCUCCAUCUGAUUUCUAUGGUACUACUGUAAAUCUGUAAAUCUCAUGAUUGCCAGACUGCAUUACCCAGCAUCCUCUCUGACGGCAACAUAACAAAUGACGAUUAGCGUUAUCGUUGACUUAUUGUAUCGCAAGAGGAAAUUUAUCAAUAUUAUGUAAAUUUUAAUAUUGUCUGAUUAUACAACUUGGAGCACAACAAAACUUUAUCUUGUUUUGAAGAUUAAAUAUAGUGAGUAUAUAUCACCAGAUUCGUAUUUUUGUUUUAUUUUGUACUUAUACAAAUAUGAAGUUUACACAAACAAAUAAAUAAAUAUUAAUAUCAAUUUGAAA